AUGGCUACUAAACAAAAUAUUGGAGUUUUCACAAACCCUAAACACGACCUUUACGUUUCAGAAAUUGAGACACCUGAUGUUGGAGAUCUUUCCGAAGAGGAAGUAUUGGUCCAUGUUAGAAGCACAGGAAUCUGCGGAUCGGAUGUUCACUUUCAGAAGCAUGGUUGCAUAGGACCAACCAUGGUCGUUGAGGACGAACACAUUUUGGGACACGAAUCGGCAGGAGAAGUUUUGGCUGUUGGCAACAAAGUUAAAAUUUUGAAAGUAGGAGACAAGGUUGCUCUUGAGCCAGGUGUUCCAUGUCACACUUGCAAACCAUGUUUGACAGGGAAAUACAAUGGAUGUGAGAAUGUAGAAUUUUAUUCUACACCUCCUGUUCACGGCUUUUUAAGAAGAUAUAUCAAGCAUCCAGCUGCUUUUUGCCACAAGAUCAAUUUACUUACUUAUGCGCAAGGUGCACUUUUGGAGCCUCUUUCAGUUGUGUUUUGUGGAAUUAGACAUAUCAAUCUUAUAUUAGGUCAAUCAGUCCUCGUUUUUGGCGCUGGUCCUAUUGGAUUUGCAACUGCAAAGGCAGCUGAAGCAGCUGGAGCAUACCCUAUCAUGGUCACUGAUAUAGAACAAUCGAAGCUAGAUUUUAUCAAGAAGGAAAUUCCAAGUGCUAUCACUGCACUUGUUAAUGGAUCUUUAAAAGAAAACGUAGCAAAAGUAACGGACGAUGGUAUAAACAAUUUUGAUGUUGCAAUCGAGUGCACUGGUGUGGAGCAAUCGCUUGAGCUUGCAACUCACGCCCUUGAUUUUGGUGCAAAAUUACAUAUCAUUGGUGUCGGAAAAGAUCAUCAAAAGUUCCCUUUCAUGCUCUUGUCUGUGAAGGAAAUCAAUAUUACAUUUCAAUACAGAUAUGCCAACACAUGGCCAACCAUCAUCAAAUUGGUAGAAGCAGGCAUUAUUAAGUUAGAUAACUUAGUAACUCAUAGGUUCAAGCUCGAAGAUGCUGUUGACGCUUUCAAGCUUGCCGGAAAUCCAAAAUCUGGAGCAAUGAAAAUCCUUAUUGAAGAUUCCUAA